AAUGAUUACCUCUGAGAUUAGUGCUGCAUCCAACUAAUUAAAAAGUAGAGUUGAAUAAGAAAGUAUUUAUGAGGUUUGUUCUAAUUUAUAAAUAAAAAAGUGUAAAUAUGUUUGGACUGCUGAAGAUGUUGAGAAACUAAACGAACAAUACGAUUGUUAAUAGGGAAACUGGAAGUCGAUAAGUACUUAUUUAAAUGGGCCAAGUCCAUUAGAAUGUAUGAUGAAAUGGUAAUAAUUGCAUCCAGAAAAUGUAAUAAUAUUUUAUUGAUUUUAAGACACUUUCAAGAUAAUUGUGGUCUCAAUAGGAGGAUGAAUAAUUAAAGGAAUUAGUAUAAAAGUAUGGAAAAAAAUGGAGUAAGAUAUGCACAGUUAUGAACUGGAGAACUGGAAAACAAGUUCGAGAACGUUAUUUAAAUCAACUAUAGGGACAUAUUAAUAAUGAGAAAUGGACUGAAGAGGAAGAUAAAAUUAUAUUAAGACUUUAUAAAAAGUUUGGAACUAAGUGGAGUUAUAUAUCAACUUUCUUAAAAGGUCGACCUGUAAUAUCCUUUUACUUAUUAUAUAGGAAAAUAUGGUAAAGAAUAGAUUUUAUGCCAAUUUAAAAAGAAGAUAUUAAUCAGAUCUUGAAGAAUCAGAUGAAGAUGAUCAUUAAGAAGAUUCUUAAGAUUCAUUAAAUAUUACUAAAUAUAAAAGGAAAAAGAAAAACAAAUAAUAUAAAUAUAUAAAUAGCUCUAUUAAAAUAAAGAAAUCGCAACUUAGGACUUUGAAAACUGAUGUUUAUGAAAGGGUGACUCGAUCAAAAGAGAAGACUGAAUCUCUAAUUAAUGUAAAAUAAGAAAAUUAGGAUAUAGAUGAAGAAAAAAAUAAAGUUAUUAAAGAGGAAUAGAUUGGACUUGAUAUAUAAUAGAAUCCAUAAGAAUUAAUUAAUCAAUAAUUUGAUUAUUAAUAAUAAUCUUUCUAAAAGUUUCUGAUGGAAUAUGAAUAACUUGGACCUAAUUAACAAUAAUUAUUAUUAGGAACUUAUUAAUAAUAACAAUUAUUAGGAAUAGAUAAAUAAUAAUAACAAUAAUAUUAACAAUAAUAAUAACAAUAAUAAUAACAAUAAUAAUAACAAUAAUGUUAAUAAUAUGGUAUUCAAGUUAAUUAACAAUUAUGUUCAAGAUGCUUGGGAUGUUCAAACUCAAUGGGACGAUUGUAUUCAUUAACAGAUAUUAGUCAUUUAUUCAAAAUGUUUUAAUAUCACAUGUUUAUUCAAUGUUAACCAAAACUAGAAUUCACUAGUUAGCUUAACAUUAUGUAAAAUAAUCAAAGUUAAUCAAAUAAGCAAUAUAAUAAUACAAAUUUUAUAUUGCAGUGACAUUUCAUCUUUGGAACUCAUAAG